GGCCAUAGUGAGACAACAAAGUUGUUUAAGAAUUUGAAUUUGCAGUUUAUUUGAUUUUUAGGCAGGGUUGUGUAUAAAUUAAAGCUUUGCAGGGUUAAUUUUAGUUAGGUUUUUUUUGUGUGUAAAUUGUUUCGAUUUUGCAGGGUUAAUUGACCGUAAGUUUUUUGUUUACAUCAAAAUACUGUAUUUGCAAUAUUGCCCCAGUCUAAAGUGACAUAAUUGUAUGAGCUUCUCCACUACAUAUCAAAAAGUACGUUUAACCCGAAUGUCCAGUUUUUGUGACGUAUAUAGAUUUUUCGUAUGCAAAUCAUGAUGUGCCUUGAUACAGAACUACGACUGUCCGACUGCCCUUGCACAUCCUCCAACGGAAGUCGCCGAUAAAACAACGCCCAAAGCGGACGUCGAGACAAAACUAAAGUGCUACUGGGCUCAACUGAACGUUCUUGAUUUGAUGGACUUCACCUCCCAUGAUGCACCGCGGCACCAGCGUCAAGCGCAAGUGGGAGGGAGAGCGAGAGCUGUCAGUGGCCGAGCACGGACGUCCAAAUUCGGUCGACAAGCACCACCGUGAACACCUCGGGAGCAGCGAGUGAGGGAGGCGACCCACGGACACACGCCGGCCGUCCGCCCGCGUCGUCGUCCUUCGUCGCCGCUGCUGCAAUGAAGCCAGAAGCGGUUGCUCGGCGUGGAUGUAACGGCGGCGGACGUCAUCCAUGAGACCCCGCGGAGCUUGUGUGGCGCAGAAGACGACGACAAGAUGAAGAAGCAGUUCAACCGAAUGAGGCAGCUCGCCAACCAAACAGUGGGCAGGGCUGAGAAGACCGAAGUGUUAAGCGAAGACCUCCUGCAGGCGGAGAAGCGUCUGGAGCUGGUCAAGCAGGUGUCGCACAGCACCCACAAGAAGUUGGCGGCGUGUCUGCAGGGUCAGCAGAACGUGGAGGUGGACAAGAAGUCGGUCAGGUCGCCGUCGAAGAAACUUCCUUUGGCGACGCUAGCACAAUGUAUGGUGGAGGGGGCGGCGUUGCUCGGGGACGAGUCUAUGCUUGGGAAGAUGCUGAUGCUGUGCGGCGAGACUCAGGACAAACUGUCCCAGGAGCUCGUCCUGUUCGAAGGCACCAUCGAGAGAGACGUCAUGGACCCGCUAUAUGACCUCGCCGAGGUGGAAAUCCCAAACAUCCAGAAACAAAGGAAACAUUUAACCAAACUGGUCCUGGAUAUGGACUCCGCUCGCACGCGGUACUAUCAGUCCGGCAAGUCGUCGGGCAUGUCCAGCAACCUGCAGCCCAGCGGCGGCAAGGCCGAGCACCUGAGGGAGGAGAUGGAGGAGGCCGCCAAUCGCAUGGAGAUCUGUCGGGACCAGCUGUCCGCCGACAUGUACAGCUCCAUGGCCAAAGAACUCGACUAUGCAAGCUAUUUCCAGACCCUGAUUGAAGUCCAGGCCGAGUACCACAGGAAGUCACUGGAGCUGCUGCAGAACAUUCUGCCUCAGAUUAAAGCUCAUCAGGAGUCGUGGGCGGAGAAGCCUUGCUACGGGAAGCCGCUGGAAGAGCACUUAGAGCUCAGCGGGAGAGAUAUUGCUUUCCCCAUCGAGGCCUGUGUCACCAUGCUGCUGGAGUGCGGCAUGGAAGAGGAGGGUUUGUUCCGAGUGGCUCCAUCCGCCUCCAAGCUGAAGAAGCUCAAGGCGUCUUUGGACUGCGGCGUGCUGGACGUUCAGGAGUACUCGGCUGACCCGCACGCCAUCGCAGGCGCUUUGAAAUCUUACCUGCGUGAGCUCCCCGAGCCCCUGAUGACCUUUGAGCUUUACAACGACUGGAUUCAGGCCUCAAAUAUUCCAGACCAAGACAAAAGGUUGCAGGCUCUCCGCGGCGCUUGUGACAAACUACCGCCAGCCAGCAACAACAACUUCAGAUAUUUGAUUAAGUUCCUGUCCAAACUGACGGAAUACCAAGACGUGAACAAGAUGACUCCCGGGAACAUCGCCAUCGUGCUGGGGCCCAACCUGCUGUGGACGCACAGCGACGGCAACAUCACAGAGAUGAUGACCACAGUGUCCCUGCAAAUCGUCGGCAUCAUCGAGCCCAUCAUCCAGCACGCCGACUGGUUCUUCCCCGGAGAAAUUGAGUUCAACGUGACGGGCAACUACGGCAGUCCGGUACACAGCAACCACAACGCCAACUACAGCUCCAUGCCGUCUCCCGACAUGGAGCAGAUGGAGCGGCGGCAGAACGAGCAGAGCCGCAGACCCCUCAGCGUGGCCACCGACAACAUGAUGCUGGAGUUCUACAAGAAAGAUGGCAUCAGGAAGAUCCAGAGCAUGGGAGUCAGGGUGAUGGACACCUCUUGGGUGUCCCGCAGGGGCUCGUCGUCCUCGCGUAAAACCACAUCCACGCCCCCCAGCGUGCGGGCGCCCACCCCGCCCACGGACGCGCUCACCCCCGAGCCGCCCGGAACCCCCUCGGGGUCGCCCUCCCCCACCCCUCCUCCCACUAACAACGAGCGAGCCAGCCCCCGCAUGUUUCACAGCUUCACCUUCCAUUGUCGCAAGGCUCUGCAGUGGAUGAGCUCGGAUGACGCUUCGGACGCCUGUAACGCUCACCCCUCCCCCGAGGAGGAGAGGCCGCCCCCCCCUUACCCGUCUUCCUCACCUUUCUCGCUCCCUCCCCAACACUUUUCCGCCCGAGCACCCCCCGGUAUGCGCCCGCUCUCCCGCAGUCCCGAAUGCGUGCCCGCGGGCCCGUCGCCCCUCCCCCGCCGCUCGGGCUACAGCCCGCCCCCGUUCCUCCACUCCCUGUGCCCGUCCCCGCAGCCCCUUGACAUCAACUCCAACCCGCGAGCCCAAAGCUCCCCGCCCUUGCACAAGCAGGCCUCCCUAGCCGAGCCCCUGCAUGCGCCCCCUGCCGACACAAACGGCUCCUCCCUCUACAUCAAACCCCCGCUCGUUCUUACUCGCCACGAUUUAUUCCUGGGCUCCCCCAAACCCCCUGGCACGCCCUUGUCCGUCCCCCCUCCUUGGGCCACCUGUAGCCGAGAACGAGGACGCAAGGCCGCUAGCACCCUGAAGAACAAGGAACUGUCUCCAGUCAUUGGGCAGAAGGGAUUCCAGGGGACACUUUCUUCUGGCUGCCAGUCUGAGCCCAGCCCACACACUCUACGGAGAGCAAAGAAGCUUGCUCCAAUCCCGCCUAAAGUCCCCUACAGCCAGACGGGGGCUGUGUCGGAGCAAUCCACGGGCCAGCCGUCUCCUGUCAGCCUGUCGCCCACGCCCCCUAGCACCCCUUCGCCAUACGUCUUCGGCUACCCGCAGGGUUACGCCACUAUCGGCUCCCUGGGACACAUCCAGAUGGCCGGCACGCCGUCUCUGUCCUCGCCGCCUUCGCUGGCCGGGACGCUCACCAAAGUCCGGCCCACGCCCAAGCCGCCCCGGCAGAGGCCCAGCUUGCCUCCGCCGCAGCCGCCCUCCACACCCGGCACCAGCCCCCAGUCACUGGAGCACUCGUCUGGCCUGCUGGAUGGUUUGUCUCCUGGAGAAAGCAUGUCCACAGAUUCCUUCUGCAACCUAGAUAUUCCCGUCAUUAACAUGGAGCUGGACAGCCUUCUGGACUUGGCUCACAUCUCCCACCUCAGGCACUCGGUAUCGCUGCUGGACUCGAGCCGCCUCAGAAGCACCGAGUCGGAGGGGGGGGAGGAUUCGGAGAGCACGGUCCUAUGACGCCGCAGCCUCUCCCCUCCUUCCUCCUUCUCCCCUAAUGUAUUCCUGCAUUUGGAUUGCCCCCCUCUUUUUGGUUUCUAUUUGCCUUAUUUGAUGACUUGAACGCCAGACAAGGAACACACAAGCGCGCCAAUCUUCUGCAAGGAAUAUCGACAACUAUUCCCCUCUCGGCAUGGACAUCAGCCUGAGUGUGCACUGCAUGUGUGUGCGCGUGCGUAUUAUCAACCGACAUGCACGUUGUAGAUACUUAGCCGAAUAACAAACAAAACAAAAAAACAUCUUGGUGGUUAAAAUUAAUUUAGUGAAAACUAUUUAUUGUCUAUACUGUACAUUUGCAGAGUUUAUGAUUUCCAAUCAAACAUCAGAUCGUAUUUUAUAUUGACAGGAGAACUCAUAAUACAUUCGAAAAAGACGUUUAAGACGCUGUAACGUACACAGAUUGACCAUUUAAAUCAGUGUUUCCUUCGUGUACCGCUAGAGGGAGCUUGCGCACCACACUUUGAGAAGAACCCCUUGAUCGAGAAGGUCAUUCAGGUGAACGAGAAGAAAACAUGCUCACAUCACCAAGAGGGGGCCCUACUAUUUUUGUCCCAGUUGAUGGAUGCACUUUUUUUCUACAUGGAUGAUGACCACAUGUGAAGGCAUAGAUGUGCAAAGCAUCCUGUUUAUUUUCAGCAGAGUAUUUAUGAUACAGAUCUAUUUCUUGCAAAAGCUUUUUACUUGACACCCAUGUGGGCAAGGAGAAGCUUUCAAUCAUGGGACCAGAUAUAUCUCUCACUUGACACACGCAAAAAAAAAAAAAAAAAGACUGUAAAUAAGUUGUUGUACAUACAUGCUAUGUAUAUAGGGACUUCAGUAUAAAUAUAUAUGUAGAUGUAUAGAAAUACUGGCUGGAUUGAAAUGAACACAUGAAGAUAACACUCAUUGUUUUGUCUCCAUUUUUCAUAUUAGCACAUAUUAGUCUAUUGUUUUACACAAUUAACCCCCUUGGGCUAAUUUUAAUAUUUAUUUGAUAAAAGAAAUGGACAAUACAUGUUGACUUGGACAUGUAAAUUAGUGGGACUGAAUUGUUCAAAAACAGACCAGAGCUCGAUUCGCAAUAUGAAUUGACUGCUAAUCUGCAAUGUUUACAAUUUCAAUAUCUGAUUAAACCUACUAUAGAACAAUUCAAAUAAU